AAGGCACAGGCUCUUAGGGGUGUCUCAGGAUGAGGAGAGAGAUAGUUCAUGGAGAUGCCUCACCAUAUAUGGGGUGACAAAGAGGUUUCCUGGUGCAAUGGGAAAGGGACAGGUUGCAAGGAGAGGGGUGUCCCAGGACUUUGCAAUAGGGGAACAGUUAGGGAUGGGUGUCCCUGGACUUCAUGUGUGCUUGUGUUUGUGUGCGUGUGUAGCAUCACUCGGGGUAUCCUAGAACUGUGGGGGUCACUUGGCUUUUUCCUGUUGGAGAAUGGACCAUUAGGCCUUAGGCAUCCAGGGGGAAGGUACUGACCUCCACAUAAAAGUCAGAGAUGUCCUAGCUCCAGUUCUGCAGGCUCCUUCAUUCUGCGGCUCCAGCCCCUGAACUGUGGUGACGUCAAGCCAGUUGGGAUCACCUCACUCGUGUGCUCCUUCCAUCUUCGCUUUUGAUCAUGUCUCUGCAGCCUUAGAAAUAGGAGUCUUUAUAUGCCUACGGAUGUAGCAGUCUUUAAGCAAGUCCAGUCUGCAAUCCGUGGGUUUAUUCAGAAGCUUAAAUUAGGGAUUUUUUUUUUUCUUUUCUUUUCAAAUCUGAAUUUCCCAGUUGAGUUCCUGUGGGAUUCUUUGAGAGGACAGACUCCCUCUACAUUUAACAUUUAACUAGUCAGUUUAUGGAAAAUCUGCUUAAUUCAGCAAAUGUUGAGUUAAAUUGUCUACUGUGCUCAAAGCACUGUGUUGUGGGAAAUCUCAGAGAAGAGCAAGACAAGGCCCUUACCCUCGAGGAACCUUGUCUAGCUGGGAAGAUGAGACAGAUUCCUGUGAAAUAGGCAAUGAUUUUAGGGGGGAGCUGUUGGCCGAUGACUAAGCUUUCACUAUUCUACGCCCUCUGCCAUGAUGGGGCCAGGCAGACCUGCCUCAGCCUGUGAUCAUCUAGCAUCUAGUGUCCAGCUGGAUGAGAGGAACGACCCCAGGAAACUUCAGACCCAGAACCAGCUGCAGUUUAAUAGGAAUGUGCCUACACAUUCGAGCAACUUGGCAGUCCGCUACUCUUGCCCACAUGGAAUUAGAAUUGAAAAACUGAAGCACUCGUGCAAUGAGUCAGAUCAGUGUAGAGACGGUCCUGACCUAAGCGGUUCUGUUUCGUUUUCUGUCGUAUCAGAAGAGAGACUUAGCUAUGCCGUCCACCUGGCCAAGAGGGAUGUAAAGCGGAGACAGCUUGAAGAACACAUAAAAGAACGUCAUCUCGGGAGCCAGCCCCGAGUUGCCCAGCAGUGUGGACGCUCCAAGCAUGACGUGUCUGCCCAGAGGCUGGAAAGGAAGGAAUCCAAGAGGCGGGGCCGCCGCCAGCCGUCCAAAGUCGAAAUCUCCAGCUCGGGAGCUACGGUCUACCUGUGCACGUCUCCUCCAGGGCUGUCGGAGCUCCCCAAGCCAAAUUCGCCCCCCACUCGUGACCCAGGACUUCAGCCCCCCACCGCAGGGGACCACAAAAGCCUGUGUGAGCACAAAACCCUGUUGGAAGUUCAGCGACUCCAGAAAGAACUGAGCAGUUGCAUCCAGAAAAUUGAAGAGGUAACUAAAAAAGAUCGCAUGGAGGAAGCUUUGGAUCCUGAUGAAGAGCGGAGGGCCCGUGUCAGGAGGCAGGAGCAGGCUGUCCGUUCUGCCCGAAUGCUCUACGUCCUCCAGCAGCAGGUGAAAGAAAUCCAGGAAGAAUUGGAUAAAUUGAGUCCACAUAAAAUUAAACACACUAAGAAGUCCUGGGCAGUGUCCAGGCUGGCAGCUGCCCAUCGAGGAGCCAUUCGGGCCUUACAGAUGUUUGUUACUCAGUUUACCGACCGGGGGGAGCACCCACUUCCUGCUCGGUGCAGGGAGCUGGGCAGCCUCAUUCGCCAGCUUUCACUCUGUUCUGCCAAGUUGGAGGCCGAUUCUUCUGUUCCUGAUGUGGUUAUAGAUAUCCUGCAACAAAUCGAGGCUUUGGAAUCCCUCCUGGAAAAGAAACUGUCACCAAAAAAGGCGAAGCAAUGUUUCAGUGAAAUUCGGAGCAGAUUUCCCGUUGGUACCCAGAGGGCCUUAGACAGAUGGCGAAGCACAUCCCCAAAGAGUGAGAGGAGGCCUCUUGUAGCGAAGGAGGUAUUUCUACAGGAAACAAGACGACCUCCAGUAGCAAAGAAGCUUCUUACUGAUAAGCAUCACCCUGAUGAUGCAGAGCUUCCGGUGACCCCAAGGUUGGAGAAGGAGCUUGAUGUAUUAGAUGCGGAAAUCCUUCCGGAAGAAGCCUCAUCCAUUCUAGACCAAAACACAAGCUUCAAAGAGGCACUAGCCCUGCCAAAAACAAGAGCAGUGAAAAAGAAGCUUGUGACUGAGAACGUGCCACCAUUUAGGAAGAAAGAUACUCUGGCAGCGGCAAGACUACAACAAGGACUCCACAAAGCUGAAAAAAGUAGACCCACCCAAUCUUACAGCAAAAGCAGGUUGCAGCGGACAACGGUCUCAUCCAGAUUAAAGAUGAACCAACAGCCUGUGAAAAACCACAGGGCUCCCUUGAUACCUCCAAAUCCCACAUCCCCACCGGCCUCUCCUAAAUGUGCUGCCUGGCUAAAGGUGAAAUCUAGCCCCACAGAUGCCACAAAAGAACAGUCUCUCCAGCCAGAAGAUGCUCCAGAGGAAAGCCAGCUGAGAGGUGCUGUCGCGCACGAAGCAGCGAGACUCGCUUGGCUUGAUGUGGAAACUUCCAAGAGAUUGAAGGCGUUAGAAGAAUUAAAAGAUGAAGAAAUGGACAGAAUGCAAAAACAGAGGCUCGAUUGGCUGGACGCUGAAACUUCCAGAAGAACAAAGGAAUUGAAUGAACUCAAAAGUGAAGAAGUAGAUAGGCUUCACAAACUGAGUGUUUCUGCCACCCAGUUAGCGGACAAAGUGGAGAAGGCAGUCCUGGAGCGUUUGAAGCCUCUCUUGGUCAAGGCCCAGAGAGUCAAUUCUUCUCUGGAAGCAGAUUCUCAUUUGAAGAAUCAGCCAUCAGUAAACGCAGCGACAGCCCGGCCUGCCGAGGAGGCUCCAGCUAUUGAUUGUGGACCCAGUAACAUUCGUCAGCUGGAUGACUUUUUGGACGAUACUGCUCAUGAGCUCUGGGCUGUGACUCACUCUAAGAUCUUGGAGUCUGACACCUUGGCCACCUUGGGGGACAGCAGGGACAGCCCGUAUCUGGAGACCAUGAUGCUCCGAAUGGAGGAAAUGGAAAAAUACCAGGAGACAGUUCGUCAAAGAUACAGUAAAAUUGUAUAUACUGAUCCUCAUCUUUGGAUGCAGGAAGAAAAAAAAGACCGAAACAUCCCAGCAGUAAGUGAAAGGCCUCUUUCUCCUCAUCCAAUCAGGAUCACAAAGACAGCAGCUCGCAAAGACCCCGACGUGAACAUUGUAUUGGAGAGGCCCUGCAACAGCACUUCCCUGGAUGAAAGUGUGGGAACAGAAGAGAGAUCGAAGAAAAGAGAGGCUCCCCUUCUCUCCCUUUCAGAAGACUCUCUGCAGAGGGAGGGCCGGGUGGCCCUCUCUGUCCCGCCGGGCAUGUGGCGCAGCAUCGGUGACUACUGCAGCCGCUUUGAGCACUACCUCCGGGUGGUGGCACACGAGGCCGUGGGCGCCUUCAACCCCUGGCUGAUAGCUGAAAGCUUUUCAGACGAGCUGGUAGAUGAAGCCCUGGGGGCCGUGGCUGCUGAACUUCAGGAUGUGUGUGAAGAUUAUGCAGAAGCCGUGUUCACCUCAGAAUUCUUGGAGGCAGCUACAUAAAGGCUGUCCCAGGCGGGGCCCCUCUUGUCACACUGACUGGAGAAGGGACGGCCCCCCCCUUCAUUUUAGCCCCAGGCCAUCGUUGUCCUCAGCUGCCCAUCCAGGCCCAGAAAGUGCUGCUCACUCAAAGGAAGGACAUGCCAGUGAGGUCGUCUCCUCACUGUCAGAGCCCUGGUUCUGGUGGUUUAUCGUGGAAUGUGUUAUACUCAUCAGUGCCCAGGAAAUGUGAAUCGGUUAUGACAGUGUAAUACCUUCUGAAUGUAUGAUUUUCCUACUGAGAUACCCUGUCCACUCCACUGGCUCCGUUUGGUGGCCAGAAUAUGUUGAAAGGUAAUGCAUAGUCUGUUCUACACAGGGAAUCCAGUUGCCGUUGCCCCGCAGGUGGCACGGAUGCCCGCCCAGGCGCAGCUGCUCCCCGGUCCUGUCACCUGGCCCGCGUUUCCCUCUUUGUCAGUUUCCUCUCAGGACGCCCAUCAUCCUGGGCUGCAGGCGCGUGUCCAGCACGGGGCUUCGUUAUGUUGCCAAACCUCUGCUCUGACAUUAAACCUGGAAGCCACCAGUUAAUAGUGCACAACAAUAAACACACUUCUCUAAUUCUCAGUUCCUAGGUGCUUCUUCAUAGUCUCAGCUCCUCAGGGCUUUUAUUGCUGUGGGUUGGCCUAGUCUGAAAAAUUCUGUCUGGAUUCAGAGGAGGUUGGAGGACGUCAGGAGAGGGCCAGCCUUCUCCGGGGCCCGUUUGGAGGUUCAGGGCUCACUUUCCUCUUGGCUGAGGUCACAAGCUUCACCAAAAAGGAGCCUGUGUGGGAGGAGAGAACAGACCUGGCCGGUGUGAAGACCGCGGGGAGGGAGGAAGAAGGAACCUGAAUUCAGAAGAAGAGGGUGUAAAACAAGACCACUACCCGGAAGAAGUUUCCCUGGCAUUUUUGCCUGAGGCUUUGGCGGAGGACGUGUGGAGAGCGAGUGACGUGCGAGGUGCCCCACGGAAUAAUGUGAAGCUUUUUAUAGCACCUACAGUCUUGUCAUCUGGGGUUUUUCUCUGAAGUGCAAGUAUUUCAGGUGAUAACUUAAGAUGCUUGAUCACACUUUCUUGUGCAAAAUUGAUUUUCGUUUAAUGUUAAUGCUUUCCUGCUUAAUUUUAUACAACCUCAGAAUUUAAAAGACUUCAAGGGAAAUUAAAUGUCUUUAAUUUAAGGAGUUACGUAUGUACAUGUGAAUUGUCAGGAGUGUCUCAUUGAUAACAAUUUGUGUGGCAGUUUUUACUGUGCUGAUUUUUUUUUUGUAAUAAACUCAAUAUUUUAAAGUA